AUUCGGAUAUGAACUCAAUUCGCAGCUGAUUUGCCGGAACACAUCUCCCAACAGCUUCGAUGACAUUUGUUUAAUGAAAACAAAAUGUUGCGGGUGAUAAUUUAUUCUCGUUGUGUAAGAUGUUUUUCAAUAAAACAAGCAGCAAAACCACCUAUAAAAUUUACGGAUACUAUUAAUUUACCAAAAACAAAAUUUCCAAAUCGUUUAAGUGCAUCAAAACGUUUGGAAAUAGAGCGUCAAUUGGUUGAGGGAGUGUUUUCCGAGGCAUAUUGCUACCAGCUGAAGCAUAAUCGUGAGCCAACCUUUGUGCUACACGAUGGUCCACCAUACGCGAAUGGAGAUCUGCACAUGGGCCACGCCGUAAAUAAGAUUCUGAAGGAUAUCACUAUACGUCAGCAUGUGGCUCGAGGUCGAAAAGUGCAUUACAUACCUGGUUGGGACUGUCAUGGUUUGCCGAUUGAGUUGAAAGCAACCGCUCGGAAGAGUAAAAAGAAUGUAAAGACCAAAGACAAAGAUGCGCUCAGCAUACGACAUAUGUCUCGCGAUUUCGCUUUAAGUGCUAUGCAACGACAAAAACACGAGUUUCGUUCUUGGGGUGUGCUAAGUGAUUGGCUUAAUGAGGAAAACAUUUAUCUUACAAUGCGACCGAACUUCAUAAUAAAUCAGUUAAAGAUGUUCAUGGAUUUAUAUGAGCGAGGUUUGGUAUUCCGAGCUUUGAAGCCGGUAUAUUGGUCACCUUCGUCGGGAACAGCUUUAGCUGAAGCAGAACUGGAGUACGACGAGAACUUCGUUAGUCCAUCAGUAUACUUACGUUUACUAUUAACUGAAGUGCCCAGUAGUAUCAGUUUAGCUCCCAAUACUAAUUUAUACGCUUUGAUUUGGACUACGACACCAUGGACACUACCUAGUAAUCAAGCAAUUUGCUACAAUUCAUCGCUAGAAUACAGUGUGAUUAAAUUGCCGAAUUUCGGUAAUCAUUUGUACCUCAUUGCAACGAGUUUAUUAAGCAAUUUUGAGGAUAUUACCAGCAUUUCAUAUGAGCGAGUACAGACAUUGACGGCUACAGAACUAUCUAAGUGUACCUACCAGCAUCCAAUUUUCACAGAGAAGAAAAAUUUGCCAUUCUUCGAUGCAGCUCAUGUGCAGGAAACAAAGGGUACUGGUUUUGUGCAUACCGCACCAGCUCAUGGGCCUGAAGACUUUUUGAUUGGUCUCCAAAAUAAGUUGCCAGUGACAUGUUUUGUAAAUGAAGACGGUUUAUAUUCCUUGGACGCUCCUAGCAUACUUAGGGGAAAACCUGUACUUGGCGAAGGUGAUGAAAUAGUGUUGCAAAGCAUUGCAACAGAUUUGUUACAUGUUGGCAAGCUUACACAUUCAUACCCAAUUGAUUGGCGCACGAAACAGCCUGUGAUAAUACGCGCCAGUGAGCAAUGGUUUAUGAAUACAGAACAGCUAAAAGAGCGCGCUAUUGAAGAGAUCAGCAAAAUCAAUGUGUAUCCCCGUGUACAAGCGGAUGCGAGUAGAAAAACGCUGAUGACACAAGUGCGCAAACGGCCAUAUUGGUGCAUAUCACGCCAACGUAUCUGGGGCGUGCCCAUACCAGUUUUUUAUGAACGAGCCACGAAAAAUAUUUUUUUAAAUAAGCCUCUGAUCAAUCAUAUCUGUGCUCUCAUAGAAAAAGAAGGCAAUGUUGAUUUUUGGUGGUCGAAAAGCAUCGAAGAAAUUAUACCUCAAAAUAUUUUGGACCAAUUUAAUAUGCGUGCUGUUGAUUUGGAACAAGGUGGAGACAUAUUUGAUAUAUGGUUCGAUUCAGGCAGUACAUGGUCAAGCGUGCUACGUGAUGAGAAAGUGGCAGACGUCUACCUUGAAGGUUAUGAUCAGUUCGGUGGCUGGUUCCAAUCAUCGUUGCUGACAAGUAUUGCGGCGAGAAAUCGUGCACCCUACAAAUCAAUAUUUGUACAUGGUUUCACGGUCGACGACAAGGGCCACAAAAUGUCGAAAUCUCUCGGCAAUGUUAUCUCACCAAACGAUAUCAUUCAUAAAUAUGGAGUCGAUGUUUUGAGGUGGUGGGUGGCUUCACAUGGCGCUCAAAACAUGUCCAUAACGGUCAGUGAGAAGUUGAUGCAACAAUCCGCAGACAGCGUUCACAAAAUACGCGCUGUCUUACGCUUUUUAAAUGGUGUAAUCAGGGAGAAAUCAGAAAAAGACGAUAGUUUGCUUGACAGCAAAAACAUUUACUUAAAUCGAUACAUUUUAAGCGCUUUAGUGGAAUACGAAAAUGAGAUAAGGCAAUUAUAUGAUGCAUAUGAAUACAAUCGUGUAGUAACUAGCGUGCAAAACUUUGUGACAAACCAAGUUUCAGCUAUUUAUGUGCAUACCAUAAAGGAUCGCCUCUAUUGUGGCGAUGACGUCGACUUAAGAAAUAUACGUUUUACUCUGCUUAACUGUUAUAAAAUACUUUGUACCACACUGUGGCCUCUUACGCCUUUCUUAGUGGAGGAAAGUUGGAAUUUUUACGAUCCUAGUAGCGCAUUUCACCAACAAAGUUUUAGUGCGAAUUCUGAAUGGAUGGACACUAAAGCGAAAAAUACUAUAAAUGCUGCACUGGAAGUUAAACGAUUAAUCAACCAGCAGGCCGGUAGUACAAAUUCAUUUAAUCUAGAAGUACAAAUUUUCUUUGACGAAAGCAAUGAACAAAUGCAACUGCUUCGAGCACUACACGACGGGGAACUGGGGGUACACGUGUCAAAUUCAGAGCUUUGUGAGCUUCUCCAAGUCCAAAGCGUAUCCCUACAUCCAUCCCAUAAUGUUGAUUCGUGCAGCAUUAAGAUGCAGAAAUUAAAUGUAGCACUAUGUGCUCGCUGUCGACGCUAUGCAGUAGAAAACAUCGAUAGCGUUUGUGCCCGCUGCGCACAGGUUUUAUCCAGCAAAUAGAAGUUAAAUUUCAUUUGUUUCUUAUAAAUCCCACAAUUCUAUUUAAAAACUUUGUAAGCAUUUUAGUACUGAAUCACGUAAUUUCAGUCGUAAAGACUGUUUUCCGCCACAUA